AUGGCGUCCGUGCGAACCUUCACAAUCCCGCACUACGAGGCCUUCCCUGUCCACGUGGCCUUAUUCAAGGAUGUCAAAAACGCCUCCUUCCUAAGGCGCCAACUACUCGAGGCCAAUCCAGAGUUCGACUAUGCCUUCUUGGAUGCAUCCAUGAUACUCUCACCACACCACCUGCUCUCGGCCACAUUCCUCGCCUUACACGCUCACCUGACCAACCGUGCCAAAACGCGCACUCCACAUUCCGAGCUAGUAUUCCGCCUCUCGCCCAACAACAACAUUGGCGAAUCAUAUAAGAAAUUCGGCAUCGCUGAUACCACGACCGCACUGAUUGCUGUCAAGCUACCCUUGUCUCCGUCAACGUCAACAGGGGAGCAGGGCGCUUAUGAGAAAGAUGAGAGCAUCACCAAUGAAUCUGUGAGUAAGCAUUUGGGCAGUGCGGUAGAGGGGACGAGGGUGGAGAUGGGUGAGAAUGGUGAGGAACUGGGUGAAUGGUGUGAUGUUGACAAGGUGAAGAAGGUGUAUAAGCUGGGUGGAGGAGAUAGUGGGAAGAAGGGAAAGAAUGGUGGUGGCCUCAACGGGGAAGCGGACGCGGAGAGGAGGACAGCGGAGAAGAAAGGUAUCGAAAGUGUUGUUCUGGGUGUUAUCGCGCUGAAAGGGUCAUGA